CUCGUUGCCUGCACAUGCUGCAUGUCUGCCAUCUGCACCGUACUGACACCCCACCAGCCGAGCAGGCCAUCGCCCACGAGCAGACCAAGCCCAACUUCUCCCUCUCCCUCCUCCACAUCGUCGCCACCGCCUCGUUCCCCCCGACAAUACGGCUGGCGAGCGCCCUCUACUUCAAGAACUUCAUCAAGCGCAACUGGGUCGACGAGGAUGGCAACUACAAGCUGCCCCAGGACGAGGUCGUCGCCAUCAAGCGCGAGCUGAUUGGCCUGAUGGUCUCGGUACCGCCCAGCUUGCAGGCACAGCUCGGCGAGGCCAUCAGCGCCAUCGCCGACAGCGACUUCUGGGAACGGUGGGACACGCUCGUCGACGACCUCAUCUCUCGGCUCACAGCUGACAACUCGACGGUCAACAACGGUGUCCUGCGCGUAGCACACUCCAUCUUCAAGCGAUGGCGGCCGCUGUUCCGCUCCGACGAGCUCUUCACCGAGAUCAACCACGUGCUGUCAAAGCUCAGCACGCCGUUCCUCACGCUGCUCCAGAACACCGACAGCCUCAUCACACAGUCUCAGGGCAGCCCCGAGGCCCUCAAGAGUGCCUUCACAACGCUUGACCUCAUCAUGAAGCUCUUCUACGACCUGUCGUGCCAGGACUUGCCCCCCGUGUUCGAGGACAACAUGGCCGCCAUCUCCUCGGUGCUCCACAAGUACCUGACCUACGACGACCCUGCGCUGCACACGUCCGACGACGACGAGUCGGGGCCACAGGAGUACGUCAGGGCUGGCAUCUUCGAGGCGCUGAUGCUGUACAUUCAGAAGUACGAGGAUGCGUUUGGAGCCCAACUCGGCCCGUUCAUCGAGACUUCCUGGUCGUUCCUCAUGACAGUCGGGCUGGAGACAAAGUACGACAUCUUGGUCAGCAAAGCGCUUCAGUUCCUCACCGCAGUAGCAUCGACGCAACACGCCGAGAACUUCAACAACCAGUCGGUCCUUGUCCAGGUGAUCGAGAAGGUCAUUCUGCCGAACUUGACACUGCGCGAGUCGGAUGUGGAGCUGUUCGAGGACGAGCCCAUCGAGUUCAUCAGGAGAGAUCUGGAAGGCUCGGACAACGACACGCGCCGAAGAGCUGCCACCAACUUCCUGCGCCAGCUCAUGUCCAAGUUCGAGGGCCUGGUCACCAGCACUUCGCAGACAUAUGUCGAUGCAUACCUCCAGAACUACGCCCAGGACCCUGCAAACAACUGGAAGUCCAAGGACACGGCCGUGUACCUCUUCACUGCUAUUGCGGCCAAAGGAACUGCGACUGCUGCUCAGGGUAUCCUCAGCGUCAACGAGAACGUCAACGUCCUGGACUUCUUCCAGAAGCACAUCGCCGCAGAGCUGCAAGCGGCCGAUGCAGAGGCAAUCCUGAAGGUCGACGCCAUCAAGUACCUCUACGUCUUCCGCAGUCAGCUUUCGCCUGAUCUGUGGCGCGCUGCGUUCCCGCUCCUUGUCAAUAACCUCGGAAACGAAAACUACGUCAUCCACACAUACGCUGCGAUCGCUGUCGAGCGUGUGCUGUUCAUGACCGACGACAACCGUCAACCCAUCAUUCCAAAGGGCGAUGUCGUAGGCUCCUCAAGGGACCUUCUGACGCAUUUGUUCAAGCUCAUCACCAAGAACUCGGCUCCCGAGAAGAUACAGGAGAACGAGUUCCUGAUGAAAUGCGUCAUGCGCGUGCUCAUCUUCAUCCGGGACGGCGUGCUGCCAAUCUGCGAGAACAUCCUGAUGAACUUCAUCGCGAUCAUCAAGGUCAUCAGGCACAACCCUAGCAACCCCCGCUUCCAGUACUAUCUCUUCGAGGGUUUAGGUGCUCUCAUCCGCUUCGCUGCACCAAACCAUCCGGAGGCAUUCGAGACUAAGCUCUACGAACCAUUUGCCGCCUGCUUAUCGGAGGGCAUCGAGGAGUUCUCACCCUACAUCUUCCAGCUGUUCUCGGCGCUGUUGGAAGCCAACCCGUCCGGCCAGUUGACAGACUACUACCGAAGCUUGUUCUCGAUCAUCAUCCAAGGUGCUGUCUGGGAGCAGCGCGGUAAUGUGCCCGCGCUUGCCCGCCUGCUCAGUGCCAUGAUCACUCGCGAUGCACAGCGCAUUGUUGCCGACAAGCAGGUAGAGCCGAUUUUGGGCAUCUUCCAGAAGCUUGUCUCCACCAAGGCGCAUGAGUCUCACGCUUUCGAGCUCAUCGAAGCUGUUGUCACCUACGUCCCCGUCGAGGCUCUGCAGCCUUACUUCGUAACGAUCAUCCAGCUGAUGCUGCAACGACUGUCCAACAUGAAGACGGAGAACUUUCAGCAACGCUUCAUCGCCUUCUACCACUUGGUUUCCGCGCGACAGGAAAAGGGACUGGGUGCUGACUUCUACAUCAACGUGACCGACCAGGUUCAGCAGGACGUUUUCAAGCCUAUCUACUUGACAGUCAUCCUGCCUGACACGCAGAAGCUAGCCAGACCUACUGAUCGCAAGACUGCUGUGGUAUCUUUCACCAAGACCCUCGGCGAGUCGCAGGCCUUCGUGGACCGCUACCCCAAGGGCUGGGGUCUCACUACACAGCGACUGCUCGAACUUCUCGUCAACCCACCCGUUCCAUCCACAGCAGAUGACUUGAUUCCAGAUGCCGAUGUCGAUGAGGUCGGUUUUGGAGUCGGCUUCACUCAGCUCAACACAUGCAAGAAGGCGCCCCGCGACCCCUUCCCAGAGAUCACCGAUGUCAAGCAGUGGGUUGGACAGUACCUCAAGGAUGCAAACAGCCGGCACAAUGGCAAGAUCGUGAAAUUGGUGCAGGAGAGGCUCACUCCCGAGUUGCAGCAGGCUCUGUCGCUGUACCUCAACUAGAGACGGUGAGAUGCAUAUUGGGUUGGAAUGGUGGGAUGGAGGAUUUGCAAAUGACAUGAUACCAGGGAAUUCGUGGAGGAGUUUUGCUAGAGAGAGGCAUAGCGAUUAGCAUCAAAAAUUUCAGCAGAGCAGCC